CAGCUUUUGCGUGACUCACAAGAGAGAGAGAGAGAGAGAGAGAGAGAGAGAGAGAGAGAGAGAGAGGAAAAACAACUAGAAGAAACUUAGAAAAAAACGCUAGAAAGUUGAGCCGAUUUUCCUGUCAGACAAACAAGUCCACAAAGCCUCUCCUUUGCUCGCUCUCUCUCUUGUAAGAUUUAGUAAAUUUUCUUUUUCCUUUCUAUCGAUCUGCACAUCCGUGGAUUCCUUUGUGUUUCUGACGAUGCCGUCUCGCCGUAGAACCCUCUUGAAGGUCAUCAUCCUCGGUGACAGCGGGGUAGGAAAGACAUCUUUGAUGAAUCAAUAUGUAAAUAAGAAGUUCAGCAAUCAGUAUAAGGCUACGAUUGGGGCCGAUUUUUUGACCAAGGAAGUGCAGUUUGAGGAUAGGCUUUUUACCUUACAGAUCUGGGACACAGCUGGACAGGAAAGAUUCCAGAGCCUCGGUGUUGCUUUCUACCGUGGUGCUGAUUGUUGUGUUCUUGUAUAUGAUGUGAACUCAGUGAAAUCAUUUGAUAAUCUCAACAACUGGAGAGAAGAAUUUCUUAUUCAGGCAAGCCCUUCGGAUCCAGAGAAUUUUCCAUUUGUUGUUUUGGGAAACAAAGUUGAUGUGGAUGGUGGAAACAGUAGAGUAGUGUCUGAGAAAAAGGCUCGAGCAUGGUGUGCGUCGAAAGGAAAUAUCCCAUAUUUUGAGACAUCUGCCAAGGAGGGAGUUAAUGUGGAAGAAGCUUUCCAAUGCAUUGCAAAGAAUGCCCUAAAGAGCGGGGAAGAGGAAGACAUAUACCUGCCCGACACCAUCGAUGUUGCAACCAGCAGCCAACCGAGGUCUAAUGGAUGUGAAUGUUGAAAUGUACCAUGUGAUUUUUCCUCCUGGUUCAGCAACAAGUACCCUUAAAGUGUUAAUGAUUUGGUCUUCCCAUUUCCCCAACCAUUUUUAUGGAUUCAUAGUGUUUGUCUGAUAAACAAAAAUGGUGUGUUUAUGCUUUUGGAUUGGUUGGAUUUAGUUGUCUGGAAUCUUUGUAAUAUUCUAUGUUCCUCAUUUGCUU